GAGAAGUCGGCAAGCUUCUUAUCAGAAGGCGGGUAUAAAAGGAUCUUUCACAGCCAGGGAAGUUUUUCCCUCAAGAGGGCUACCAUGGGGUUGCGGGCAGGCCUCGUCACUGUUCUUGCCUGGAGUUUGCUGGUGGCUUCUGCAGCGGCUCAAAGGGUGCCUGUGAACCCGGUGUUCUAUGAAUGCGACAGGACAAGCAUCCACCUGGUGGUCGGGCUAGACCCCUGGGGCACCGGCCUCCGACUUGAUCCGCAGUCCCUGCACCUGGGCAACUGCCCCCCCUCCUCUGAGAACAGCCCCCAGAGUCUCCUGCACUUCCAGUACUCCUUGAAGGAGUGUGGCUUUGCACGGCUGGCCACUGGCAAUACGGUGGAGUACUCGGCCAGCCUGGUUUACAGGCCCCCAUCCGGGCGAGGCAGAUUCUACAACCGCCCUUUCUCGGAGAGGAUAAACUGCACUUCUCAUGAGGCGCAGCGCUCCACUCCUGCUGCACCUGUCUCGUCUACCAGUGGCCAGCUCUCUGCUUCAAGUGCGCCAAUGUUCACUGUGACCCUGAUGAAUGAGGACUUUAGCAGGCCUUUGGACUCCACCAUCUUCCUCCUGGGCUCUCAGAUCUACAUAGAACUUGCCGUACAGAGAGCCUUCCACCAGCCUCUGCAGGUCUUUGUGGAUGAAUGCGUAGCUGCCACCACUCCAGAGCUGAACACAUCGCCCAGGAAUUACAGCAUUAUCACAAACCAUGGGUGCUUUGUGGAUGGCAAAGUCUCCAAUUCCCAGUUCCUCCCUAGGCAAACUCCUGAAACCCUCCGACUUUCUCUGCAGGCCUUUGGAUUUGUUGGGGUCGACACAGACAUCUAUCUUCACUGCUGGGUUCUAGUCUGGGACCCGAACGUACGCACUGACCCCACGAAGAAGGCCUGUUCAUUCCUCAGGGAGACCCAAAGAUGGCAGCUCCUAGAUGAUCCCUCGAGUGCUCUGUGCAGCUGCUGUGACUCUGUGUGCCAUGGAGCUGGCUCCCGCCCCAGGAGAGACCUGCCAGGCUAUUCUGCAGAAGGGGGGCCGCGUUAUAACGUGGUGGUGGGCCACCUGAAGAUCCAGAAAUCUGCUCCAAAUGCAGGCAGCUAUGAGUGGGACUCUAACAGCUCCCUGGCCGUCCGGAGUCACAAAGGUGGGAAGCAGAACGUGAUGCGGCCGGCAGCGGUGGGGGCCUUGCUGCUGGAGCUGGCCGUGGUGGCCGCCCUCUCCCUGGGCUUCUGCGUCUACAACGGCUAUCAGAAGAGACUCUGGCUCCCGGGCCGAGGCACAGGGGACCCGGCCACACAGGGGCUGGUGAACGCGGAGCAGGACUGCCGGAGUAGCAACGCUGGUGUGGAAGAACCGGAAUAAAGUGGGAAACCAGGA